UCGUCGUCCUCGCGUUCCCCUCCUCCACUCCCCACUCCAUCCCUGCCGAAUCCCACUAGCUCUGCACGGCGAUACGCAAGAAGCUCGCCGCAAUGUCGUCCAGCGCCUCCCAGAUCGUGGCCGACACGACGCACGGGCACCACCACCUGAAGAUCGACGGCUACUCGAUCACCAAGGCCACCCUGCCCACGGGGGAGUUCAUCAAGUCUCAGCCUUUCUCCGUCGGCGGCCGCCGCUGGGCCAUCCAGUACUACCCCAACGGCGACCCGUCGUCGCACAAGGGCCACAUCUCCCUCCACCUCGUCCUCGACGACGACGUCGCCGGAGAAGUGCGCGCGCAAGUCCAGUUCCGCUUUAAGGCGGAAAAGAAGCACGCGCUCUCCUUUCUCAAGAACUGGGGCCGUAAGCCCGCGCCGCUGAAGUUCGGCAGGGUGGAGGCCGGCGAAGCUGGUGUCUGGGAGUGUCCGAAUUUCGUCAAGAGGAAGACCCUGGAGGAAUCGGACCAUCUCAAGGACGAUUCGUUCACCAUCCGCUGCGACAUCAUCGUCGUCAACGAGUUCCGCGCCGAUGGGGGCCCGCCGCGGGCCGCCGCGGCAAGAUCCAUCCCUGUGCCCCCGUCCGACCUCGGGAAGCAGCUCGGUGACCUCCUCGCGGCCGACAAGGGCGCCGACGUCGUCUUCGAGGUCGGCGGCGAGACGUUCGCCGCGCACCGGUGGCUGCUCGCGGCCCGGUCGCCGGUCUUGAGCGCGGAGCUCUUCGGCUCGAUGAGGGAGAGCGGCGCCGCCGGCGCGGUCCGCGUGGCCGACAUGGAGGCGCAGGUCUUCAAGGCGCUGCUCCGCUUCAUGUACACGGACUCAUGGCCGCUGGAGACGGUGGAAGAAGAGGAAUUCGCCAUGGCCCAGCAUCUGCUCGUGGCGGCUGAUAAGUACCGCAUGGAAAGGCUCAAGCUGAUCUGCGAGGACAAGCUGUGCAAGAACAUCGCGGCGGGCACGGCGGCGAGCAUCCUGGCGUUAGCUGAGGUGCACCACUGCCAUGAGCUCAAAGGUGCAUGCUUCCAUUUCCUUGGCUCUCCGAAGAACCUGACGGCAGCCAUGGCCGGCGACGACUUCGAGAAUCUGCGCUCAAGCUUCCCCUCUCUUGUCAAGGAGUUGAUUGCCAAGUGCUCGAUCGAUGCCUCAGUUCAGUGAUAGUUGAUUCUUGAUUGAUCCUAGGAUGCUUAUUAUAUGCUUUGCAAGCUACUACUAGCUACAUAUGCAUGCUCUCUCUUGUUUCAGCAAUGGUACUCUGGCAUUUAGUUUUCUUGUCAUGUUCAAAAAGACUACAUCCUACUAUCAUUGCACUAUGUGCAACCUUACCAAUUAAUCAGUAAUGAAGAGCAUUGUGAGUUAUCAGAUGA